UCUGUGACCGUGACCAUUAGCUGAAAGUAGUAAAGAAGUGACUUUGAGCAGUCCCAAGUCGCGUUGACUUGCGCGUUGAAACACUUCGGCAUGUCUGUUCCAGAUAUCUUCCCCUCAGAGAAAUGGAGUUCCGACUCGGCCUACAUCACUGCUAGGAAAAUGAAGACUUUCUUCGCUCUAGGUGCUGUUGCUGGAAUUCCCGUCUACAUCUCCCUCUCUUUGUUCUCUCGACGUCCCGGGAAACGCCUGUCGAUUGAACGCGCAAUGAACAUGUCCACUCUAUCUGGUCUUGGAGCUGCUGGUGUCGGUGGCGCCGCUGUGUACGCGAGAAACUCGCUCUUGGAUGCCGAUUCUCUGCGGCAGCGGCGUCAUGAGUUGGUUUACAGCAAAAGCAAACGCAGAGAAGAAGACUUUGCUGCCAUUGGGUCUGUCCUUCUUGCAUGCAUCGCGCCUGCUGUGUUCUGGGGGAGAGCUGGGCUACUCGAUUUGACGCUUGGUGGAUUUUCUCUCGGUUAUGGCGCCGGUACAGUGACGCACCAUGUGCAGAAUCUGCUAGGAGAAUCUGCCGAGAUUGACAACGAGAAGCUGAUUCCUGUGGAUGAUCCUAGGUCACGCAGGCGCUAGCGAGUAUGUAUGUACAGUUAGAAGAUCCUGAUCUUUUCCGGUGUCAACAUGACCCUCUUGCGUUUGGCCUGCUCGGAUCUUUUUCCCGUCAAUGGGAUCGACGACGUCCAUUUCCUCUCUCAUGCAGACACCGAUAUGAUUCUGAUAGUGACGUCUGGAUCGCGACCACUGUAGAGCAAGAUGAGCCGCGUGUUUCCACUUGGAUGCGGUCGUGUUUUGAUGUUGCUGUUCAUGCCGAAUAGCCGACUUUGUUGUCGGAUGCAAGUGCUCCAGCGCAUUGUCUUUCAGUCGCGCCAUGGUAUUGACGUAAUGGGAUCCUGCAUUCCCUUGAGCAUCCCGGAAACGAUCAUAGUAUAUCACUUGCCCAUCAGGUACUGGCGCACAAUUGCAGACAUGAUCUGUCCACUUUCGUCGUCGAUGAGAUGUUUCCCUCGCGUCAUGGCAGUGAAACCGUCGUGCCCUUGAUCACUUUAUCAGUGGACGAAUCACGCGUGAGACAGGUUCGGACCUUCUGCCAUGUAUUGUCGAGUGACCACCUUGUAUUUCCUGUCAGACGAUCGUUCGAUAGACUCGCCGUCAACAAUACGCGAGUCUCCACGGGAAUGCUCGUCUGUGUCCUCGAUCUCGUUGGUGAGCCAGACACCAAGAACCCGCUCCCCGGGCCGUUUGCGAGAGUCCCACGAGACACGACAACCAGAGACGACUGGGAACCGGCUAUCAAAGAGUCAAUCAUGAAUGCGCGGUCUAAAGCGGGACAACAAACCCUUCCUGAGCGGGCCAGGUCACAAAAGCAGACUCUAAGGCAUCCCAGAUGGCCGCCCCGUCGAGCUCGAUGACGAUCACUGGAUCUUCAAACGGGAGAAUCUCCAUAAUAUCGCCCAGGGUGAUCACACCAGGCCCAUAGACAGAGUCCCCGCGAAAGGUACCGGCGCAGACAAGCACAAGAUCCGCGGCCCCUUGGCCUUGCAUCGACAGUGUAUCGUCGUAGGCAUGUCGAAUGACAUCUGCGAUCCAGUUGCCCGCCCCAGACUCCUCCGUGCGGAGAGCUUGGGACCGGACGUCCAAAGCUGUUACCGUAGUGCAGACCGGAGCUUUGAAGGUCGAGGAUACAGAAGAGAGGGCAGUCUUGACGACUUGCGCCAUUUUUGGUGAGGACGCGGACCCUGAUUGGGUCACGUGUCUUAUCCCUAAAUGGCAGGGACAGGUUAAGCCGCCAGUGAAAGGUGCCGCGAUUCAGACUGUACCUUGGAUGUGCUUGAUCACCUUGCGUCUCACACUUUCGGCAGGGGUGUCCUCCAACUCGAUUUUCAAUUCGCUCAGUUCACGGAAAUCCGUGCCGCUCUUGCAGACCAAGAUAUCUCCGCGGUCUUGCUCGGCUCCGAGAGGGGUCUGGGUUCGGUCAUAGUUCUCCCAGUCGUCCAUUCCUCGGCUCGCAUAGUACAUGUGGUCGUGACCCCCGAGAAUCAAGUCGACUCCGUGCGUGUUGCGGACCGGAUUCGUUUGUUGUGCAG